AGCUUUGUUACGUUUACAUUGUAGGUAUACAUUUGUUGCUAGUUACGGUCUAAUAAGUUAUUAAUUAAGAAAAGAAUAACAAAACGUUGCAUUAUUAAGGAAUAAUGAAGCCGAGUUCGUGCAACAGUAUUAAGAAUUACAUAUAAAUACAAUAUAGUUUUUUACACAGGUGAACUGAAUGUUGUCCAAAAUAUGUCGUCCAGUUACGAUGAGGGACCAGUAUAUUACAGGGAAAUACAAAAGAAUGCAUAUCUUAAGAGGAUCCCCAAUGACAUUAAUUCCAGUAAACUCCGACCACUGGGACAUAAGAAGCCACCCCUCAAACCGAUGUGGACAUUAUUCUGUGUCCACAACGGAAAAACCCCCUUCCUGGAACAGUAUCCUGAAGCGGACAGUGCCGCGACGCUGGCGCACCGGCCGGCGUGGCGCGCCUGUCUCCGGAGCGCGAGACACGUGACGGCGAGCGUGAAGCCCCAUGUUGGGGCGGAGUACGACUUCCUAGUUGAUACAGACCAUGGCCCUGUGAGGAUGUUAGCACCAGAUUGGGAGUCAAUGCAAGACUGGGUGUCCAUACUGCGUGCAAAACUCCACGAACUGCGCAUCGUGUCCCGCGGAGAGAACGUGUACGGAGCCCCGCCUGUUGCCCCGCCGGCACGAGCAGCUGCCAGGGACCCCACCUCGCCCCUACCGCCCACCCCGCCUGUACCACCCGACAGGGUACCGGGAAUCGACCUUACUCCACUCACUCGUCCCACAUUGGAAACCAACGAAAGCGUACGGGAGAACUCAACACCAACCCCCCAACCGCCUCCGACACCACAGACAAGCCAGACCGCACAAGAAACCCCACCAACACCCACCCCCCUAAACCAACAAGAGAUCCCGACCAGUUCCGCUCAAGCGUUCCCAAACACCUCGAGCCUAACAAACGUGAUGUCACUUACGAACAUAAUCCCACAGGAAACAGAAGUGGACAUAUCCAGCUGGGAGCCGUUCUCCCUUCCAAGUACGAGUCGUGAAGUGGACCACAAGAAGGGUGUGGCCAAGAUAUGUGGUCAGAAUAUAUGUUUAGACGAUUCGUUGUUCAAGAGGAAUGUUACGGAUAGCGAUGAGGAAUUUUUCAAUGAAAUCGAUCGGAUAAAUGACAACGAUAGCUUUGAUUUUAAACAGAGAGUUGUCGUUAACAAUGGUGAACAUUCAGAUAAUGGUGACAGUGCUCCUCAAAGAUCGAACGUAACCGUGAUACAAGUGUCGAAUAAAGGCCCCCCGCACACAGCGAUACCGGUCCUGGGCCCCGAAACGGACGUAUUUGACUUUGAAUUCAAACAAAACCUUCGAAUAACACCAAAAGAGAACAAGAGUAACUUCGUAAACAUCGUGAACACUGAAACGCCAAGCGACAGCAGCUACGGGACCGUAUUCGAUAACUCCAACUCGGAAUACGGACACAUAAGCCUCACGACAACUGUCAGUUUGACAGGGCAAGACGUCAGACCGGCUGUCAGCGCGGACGUCAACGUGACAGCUGUCAAUGGUGACGGAAACGUGACGGUUAAUAGUGAUGGGAUUUAUGAGAGGCUCUGUCUCGCUUCAACGGCGAAUGUAACAGCUUCGCCGCUUUCGGUAAGGCGUGUUAGAGCUGAGAAAGUCAGGAAGUCAUCGUUACCUAAUCUAGAUCACGUUGAAUCGGACUACGAGUGCUUAUUUCCUAAUUCUAGUCAAUCUGGCAACACUGUGAGUGAAAAUGCGACAAGUUCGAUGCAAAAUGGCAGGCUAAAUGACGUUUCAAGGAAUAUGGACACUGUUCAGAGGGUGAUAAGGUCGAAUGUCGAACGAUCGCAAAGUCAGAACGCGUAUGAUAUAGCACCGAGGCAAAGUGCGAGAAGGGUUACCAACAGCAGUCCGAAAAGGGAAGCUAAAAUUGAAAAGCCGGAGCAAACCCAAUCUAAGCCGAUCUGGAAGAGGGGCCUGACGGAGCUGUCAUUAUUGAGCAGGUUGCGGGGUAUCGCACAGAUUAAGAGGCAAGAGAGCCCGACUAGGAACGAUGAGGAGCAACCGGUGACGUCACCCGCCAAGGUCGUUCACAGGUCUCGUCCAGUUGGAAGAGUCGAUAGCUUGAGACGAAGGAGUAACUCGUUGACCAACUGUGUUGUCCCCACAGCGCCGUCGCUGCAGCCGCUCCGCGCACGUCAGGCGGCAGCAUUACGCGCGGAGCAACGUCGCGGCGCGUGUGUGGCCACCGCGGUGCUCACGCGAGACGCGCCGCUGCUCUGCGAGUACGAACGACAAGUGUGGGUGGCGCGCUGGGGCGGCGCGGGCGGCGGCGCGCGGGUGUGCGGGCGCGCGGGCGACCGCGUGGCGGCGCUGGGCGGCGCGGCGCCGCGCUCGCUCGCGCACGCGCGCGGCCUGCUCAAGCACGCGCGCGUGCGGAUCGACCUGCUGUUCCACCGCGUCCCGCUCGCGAAGAUGUACGUGAUAAGCAAGAGGGAGGACGAGAGCCUGGGUUUGAAGCUGGACGAGGAGUGCUGCAUCGUGUCGGUGGAGCCGCAGUCGGCGGCGGGACGCGCGGGGCUGCCCCCCCGCGGCCGCUGGGCGCUCACCGAGGUCAACAACCGGCCCAUCGACAUUGUCAAGGGAGGGGAUGAAGAAAUGAACAGAUUGGCGUCCCACGGGACCGAGGUGUCUCUGCUAAUACAGCCAGCGGCGCUCGUGAAGAAAAUGAGAGCGGCCAUCAAAGCCAGUAAACCGCUAUUGUCUCUGAGAUGAGCAUCUUCCGGAGCUAUCGUCCAUCAGACAGACAUACGCUGUCAAAGCAGCUACGAAACAUAAGCUAUUAUAGACUGACUUAAUUACAUAUUAAUGUUUAUUAUUAUAUAUAUAUUAACUUUUGAGAAUUUUAUAUAAUGUAUAUACUCUUUUUGAGAGCAGAUUUUAUUUGUAUUAAUAAUAGUGCAGCUAAUUUCCGCCAUAUUGGAUCGCAAGUAAUCGAGGGUUGGAUGUGGGGGGGACUCUGUGAGUUGCAAAGUUGUGUUCAUUAUAUAUUUGAGGAAAACAUUAAUUUGAACAUAUUUUUCUAUUCUUAUUUUCAUUUUUUUUUAUUGGUUAACUAUACUUGUCUAUGGUUAACAAAAAAAACUGUUGACAGAGAAAAAAAAGGCUUUGAACUGUUUUGUCUUUGCCUGUUUAAAUAUAGAUGAGCCGUAUCAAAGAGAUUGUGUCGUUACAGGAUGAUGUUAUUAUACUUCAUAGUUAAUCGUCAACUUCUAAUCUUACCUGGAUUGUUAAGGAGCCAUUUAUUAACAAUAUAUAAAAAUGAUCAAUCAAUGGUCCUCCUGACUGGCCUAGGGCAGUCUGGGUACGGGCCUUGGGGUUGCCCCCCUACCCGGGCUGCUCCUCCCCGACGGUUCUAUCGCCGUGUCACUUAGUUCUGGCCCAAAGGGCCAGGGUCAUUGUGACCCAGUGGCUGUUUGCUAUUGUUUGUAUAAAAAUGAAUUUUUACUGUAUCUACUUUGUUAUUACUCGUCGCUUGAUGGCGCUGCAGCUCAUCAAGUUUAAUGAACACAAUUUUGUUCCAAUGAAACAUAAGUCUCCCCAACCCUCUAUAUAUUAUUGUAGAGAAGUGUAAAUUUUUGUAUUAUCGAUUCCAAAUAUUAUCAGGCAAGGAACCCUUUGACAGUACACAGUGCGGCAGCGAUUGCGUGUGGCGUUAGAAAAACAAUUGAGUUGAUUUUUUCAAACAAGUUCAUUUACAGUAACAACUAUCUAUAAGCCCCCGUCUGGGCUUCGUACGUGCAAAAAAUCUACAUAUAAAAUUUAUAUCAUAAUACGUAUAACUUUAAUAAUUUCGGCGGCGCACGCCAGUAAAGCUCCUAGACGACUUGGUUUUUUUCGACAUCUUCAACAAACGUCGUCAUAUUUCAGCCAAUUUACACAAAACCCUAAUGAAUUAUACACCUGAACCUUCCUCGUGAAUCUCUCCGUUCGUUGGUGAAAACCGUAUGAAGAUUCGUUCAGUAGUUUUUGAGUUUAUCGCGGUCAUACAGACAGAUAGAAGCCUUUGUUUUAAUAAUUAAUCAAAUUCCUUGAACAUACUACCCGGGCAUACUAAGUCACAAUGAAAAUACUUAAUAUUAUCAUACUUAGUAUUUUUAAAACACAAAAGCGUAUACUAAACGAAUAUUUAUCCUAGGGUGCAAGUGCCCAGGGUUGGUCUUGUAGGGGCAAGCUAACUUUCAUAAUCUUUAACAAUUUUUUUUUUGUAUAAAUAGUUACUUAUAAUUUUAAUUAAACAAUAUAUAAUACAUUUUCUUGUUACAUUUAUGGGGCUGUUUUUAUUUUGUGAACGGUACACCGUGUCUUAAAAUACGCUUACUGUACUAAUUAAAAUUGUUUAGCAAUCAUUUUAUGUUUGAAAAUUUAAAAUUAGACUCCGGACUAAGAAAUCCAAAGUCACUAGGAACAUUUGAGCCAGUGUUGCAGAACUAUCGAUACAAUUGUUUACACUUUAACUAUCGAUAAACAAUCGAUUGUCUAGCGAUAGUGGACUAUCGACAAGCAAGGCUAAUUUGAGCCUCUCCCAUUUUCAAGAUGUUGAAGUGAAAUUGUAUUAUUUUCGGCUGGGUAGCGUGUAGGCCGAGGCAUAAAUCCGAACUGAAUAUUCUAAAUGGCGUUGCUAACGCUACUUUGCGUUAGCUGACGUAAUAAUAACAUUAGCUCCAUUCCGAAAGGUCCUAUCUUAAUAAUGUUGGGAACAGAUAAUAAAGUUUUUUUUUAUACCUCAAUAAAGGUUAGUGGAUGAAGUUUUUAUACAAUCGGAUUUAUCAUAUCUUUGUAAUAAAUAGAUAUAUAAUUAAUUAAAAGAAAAUCUUUCAAGUUCAUUCCAUUUGAAAAAAAUUAAGAUCUCUAAUUGAUUUAGGUUUAUUGAAAGAAAUGUAUGUAUUUACCCAUUUAUAGUUUGUAAAUUUGUGAUUUUACACGAAUAAUUUACAUAUGGGCGACGUCAAUGUUCGUUAACUUGAUUUUAAU